AUCCAGGAAGUAGAAAAACGUCAACAACCCUUUGAGGUUCAGACCAGGGCAAGAGGCAGUGUCGUGCGGCAGCGAGGCGGCCGAGCGUAAUUCCCUCUGGUUUUUCUCGCACAUCCGUUUGUUUUGUCGGUACGAAGCGUUGUUCCAGCAUCCCAGACAUGGCGUUGUUUGUGAAGUGGUUUGGAGUCGGAGGGAAAGGGGGAACGGGACCGAGCCCGCAGGAGGCGAUCCAGAAACUCCGAGAGACGGAGGAGAUGCUAACGAAGAAGCAGGAAUUCCUGGAGAAAAAGAUCGAGCAGGAGCUGCAGAUCGCCAAGAAGAACGGCACGAAAAACAAACGAGCGGCUCUGCAGGCUUUGAAAAGAAAGAAGAGGUACGAGAAGCAGCUCGCUCAGAUCGAUGGCACGCUGUCGACCAUCGAGUUCCAGAGGGAGGCCCUGGAGAACGCCAACACCAACACUGAAGUGCUCCGGAACAUGGGCUUUGCUGCCAAGGCCAUUAAGUCUGCCCAUGAAAACAUGGACAUCGACAAAGUGGACGACCUGAUGCAGAACAUUACAGAGCAGCAGGAGCUGGCCCAGGAAAUAUCUGACGCCAUCUCUAAACCUGUCGCCUUUGGCGAGGAUUUUGAUGAGGACGAGCUGCUGGCGGAGCUGGAUGAGCUGGAACAGGAGCAGCUGGACAAAAACCUGCUGGAGAUCGGGGGACCAGAGAACACCCCCCUCCCCAAUGUGCCUUCUACUUCAUUACCUUCCAGACCUGCCAAGAAAGAGGAGGACAAUGACGACAUUGAGGACCUGCAGCGCUGGGCGAUGGAGGCCAUGUAAAUGCAGCAUCGGCCACAUACAGUACCUGCAUCAGAGAGGGAAGAUGAAGGAACAAGGGGGGAUGAAAGGACUGAUGGGAUGUUGUGAUGAGUGUUUUUGUGUGUCUGAGGAGAGAUGAUUGUCUACACUAUAAAAAAGCAAAAAUGCUGUGCUCUCUUUUUCUGUUCCCUGCGCUACCUAAAUCUAGAAACCUCCUCAGCUCUCAAUAAAAUUGAGCCAGUCAGAGGCUUUUACAGUAUAUUGAAGCUCUUUCACUGUACCUCGACAAAGCGCCCUAAUAUUUUUACCCUCAAUUUCAAUACAACUUCAUCAUUUCCUGGCCCUUGCAAUGGGCAGGGCUAUUUCAACACUAAACCAAGUUCAUAUUGACAUAUUAUUAUUAUGAGCUCUGUGGGGAGGUAACGGAGUGGUUGUGAACGUCACGGGAUGACGGGAUGUUUCAAUGGAGAUUAAAUCCUCAAAUAUCUGUGUGUUACUCACAUAUUUACCUGUGUUUGUGUUGUUAAAUUCGCUGGAUGUUUAUUUCAUCCCCCCCCCCCCCCCUGUUUUGUCAAAAAUAACACUCCUUUGUUCGCUGUUUUUGUUAACUGCUCUGAAAAUAGGAGAACAGCUGAGCAUGCGCUGGGUGAAGAAGCUAGAGGCUGUGUGUUUGCCAGAAUCGGAACCUCUUCUUUUGUUUCAGCCUGUAAACCCCCCCCCCCCAACGCUUUUGUCGACAUGUCAACAAUGCCCCCAUCCCACAAAGGCCUUUUCACCCGUGGUUCUUGUUAUUUGGUGUAAAUAUCCCAAAUGUAUCUAUUCUUAUAUACUGUAUUUCUGCCGUCAGCAAGAGGUUCUUUUGAGUAAAGCAUGCAACAAUGGGAUGUGACAAUGUACAUCACAACGCACAGAAACGCGUUAGAAAGAGAAAUGUUUAACCUAAAACUAUCAUCCUGCACUCAGUCCUUCUCAUAAGGGUUUCUGUUUAAAAUUGUAUAAUGUAAAAAAAAAAAAAGAAUAAUAUCAAUGAUAAUGAUGAUCAACUAUUGUCACACCUUGUUAACUGCAUCCAGAUGGAGAUGGUGGUUCAUAGAGGAUUGGAUGACAGUCUACAACAUCAGCAUUUUGGAGUUUAAAGAGUUAAUUCCUUUAGUUUUUCAAGUCAUUAUGUACAUUUUUUACAUAAAAAAGAAGAACAUAACACAAGAACGUAUGGACAAGCAUGUUUGCAUUUCGGUGUUUAUUUAUCCAAAUGAGAAUAUAAUUUGCAAAAUCAUUAAAAGUUUUCAAUUCUUUUAUUGUA